AUGGAAAAAUUCACCAAUUGGAGAGAUAGAGGCACUGGAAUUGCGCCCUUCUUACCACCGUCUGUGUCUGCACCAGGUUUUGGUGCAAAACUGGUAUUAGGGUUGACCUUGCUAGUGAAGUCCUUAUUUAUACUGCCUCUACUGGUGAUUUGUGCUAUAACCCGAUCCAAAUCAGUUCUCAAGCUGAUCUUAUUAAUAUUAUUCAAUUGUAAAGUCGAUGUGACCAUUCAUGGUGUGAAGAAACGCGAUAUGCAAGGAGCCAAGCAUUAUCCCCAGAAAGAUAAACUGUACAUGUGCAAUUCGUCGUCUCCUCUUGAUGCCUUAGCACUAAGUUUGAUAGCACUGGAUCAAUCGUUAUUCUUAAUUCCAUUUGAAAAGACUAUUUAUAAAAUGUCAAGAGAGAAGUAUAUGGACUUUGUGCUGGAUGGUUCUCUAAAUGCUAAAAAAUAUGGUCAAGAAGUGUCCAGCAUGGAUCAAUUAAAAGGUUACGUUUUGUUUAUGUUUCCAGAAGGUACUUCGUCAAACGGUAAAAGUAUACUACCCUUUCAGGUUGAUGUGGAUAGCAUGCAAGAGUUUUUAGGUUAUUCAUCUAACUCGGCAACACUGGUCCAAACAAUUCAUAUAAAGAUAAACGGAACCCUAGUGACGCCACUAACAAUCACGAAAUCUAAAUACAUUGUCAGAAUGCUUAUCAAAGGUGUCAACAUUAAGAUUAAAAUCAACGAGCCUCAAUCAAUAUUUCCGAUCGAUGAUGUCAGAAUUAACAUGAACGACGGCAAUAAAUUUAAGUUGGUAUCAAAAACCUUAGAUAUAGAGUCAAAGGGACGUUUCGCACAAGAGUUUUUUCGUUCUGUGCCCAAAAAUUGA